GCUUGCAGCCGCCGCCGCCGCCUGGUCCACGCACCCGGAGCGCCCCUUCUUCCCCGAGCAGCAGCGGAGAAGGCGAAGCGGCCAGCUGGGGCGAGGUAGAUGGGGCUCAAGGCGCGCAGAUCGGCGGGGGCGGCCGGCGGCGGCGGCGGCGACGGGGGCGGCGGAGGUGGCGGAGCUGCUAACCCCGCCGGAGGGGACGCGGCGGCCGGCGACGAGGAGCGGAAAGUGGGGCUGGCGCCCGGAGACGUGGAGCAAGUCACCUUGGCGCUCGGGGCCGGAGCCGACAAAGACGGGACCCUGCUGCUGGAGGGCGGUGGCCGAGACGAGGGGCUGCGGAGGACCCCGCAGGGCAUCGGGCUCCUAGCCAAGACCCCCCUGAGCCGCCCGGUCAAGAGGAACAACGCCAAGUACAGGCGCAUCCAAACUUUGAUCUACGACGCCCUGGAGAGACCGCGGGGCUGGGCGCUGCUCUACCACGCGCUCGUGUUUCUAAUUGUUCUGGGAUGCUUGAUUCUGGCUGUACUGACCACCUUCAAGGAGUACGAGACUGUGUCUGGAGACUGGCUUCUGCUGCUGGAAACAUUUGCUAUUUUCAUCUUUGGAGCCGAGUUUGCUUUGAGGAUCUGGGCCGCUGGAUGUUGCUGUCGAUACAAAGGCUGGCGGGGUCGGCUCAAGUUUGCCAGGAAACCCCUGUGCAUGUUAGACAUCUUUGUGCUGAUUGCCUCUGUGCCAGUGGUUGCUGUAGGAAACCAGGGCAAUGUCCUGGCCACCUCCCUGCGAAGCCUCCGCUUCCUGCAGAUCCUGCGCAUGCUGCGGAUGGACCGGAGGGGUGGCACUUGGAAGCUCCUGGGCUCAGCCAUCUGUGCCCACAGCAAAGAACUCAUCACUGCCUGGUACAUCGGUUUCCUGACACUCAUCCUUUCUUCGUUUCUUGUCUACCUGGUCGAGAAAGAUGUGCCGGAGGUGGAUGCACAAGGAAAAGAGAUGAAAGAGGAGUUCGAGACCUAUGCAGAUGCCCUGUGGUGGGGCCUGAUCACACUGGCUACCAUUGGCUAUGGAGACAAGACACCUAAAACCUGGGAGGGACGUCUGAUUGCUGCCACCUUUUCCUUGAUUGGUGUCUCCUUUUUUGCCCUUCCAGCAGGCAUUCUGGGCUCAGGACUGGCACUCAAGGUGCAGGAGCAGCACCGUCAGAAGCACUUUGAGAAGAGAAGGAAGCCAGCUGCUGAGCUUAUCCAGGCUGCCUGGAGGUAUUAUGCUACCAACCCCAACAGGAUUGACCUGGUAGCAACCUGGAGAUUUUAUGAAUCAGUCGUUUCUUUCCCAUUCUUCAGGAAAGAACAGCUGGAGGCGGCCACCAGCCAAAAGCUGGGUCUCUUGGAUCGGGUUCGCCUUUCUAAUCCUCGUGGUAGCAAUACUAAAGGAAAGCUAUUUACCCCUCUGAAUGUAGAUGCCAUAGAAGAAAGCCCUUCUAAAGAAACAAAGCCUCUUGGCUUAAACAAUAAAGAGCGUUUCCGCACCGCCUUCCGCAUGAAAGCCUACGCUUUCUGGCAGAGCUCUGAAGAUGCUGGAACAGGCGAUCCCAUGGCAGAAGACAGGGGCUACGGGAAUGACUUCAUCAUUGAAGACAUGAUCCCUACCCUGAAGGCCGCCAUCCGAGCUGUCAGAAUUCUACAAUUCCGUCUCUAUAAAAAAAAAUUCAAGGAGACUUUGAGGCCAUAUGACGUGAAGGAUGUGAUCGAGCAGUAUUCUGCAGGACAUCUUGACAUGCUUUCCAGGAUAAAGUACCUUCAGACAAGAAUAGAUAUGAUUUUCACCCCUGGACCUCCAUCCACUCCAAAACAUAAGAAGUCUCAGAAAGGGAAUGAACCAUAUGUAGCCAGAACAUCCACAUCAGAAAUGGAAGACCAAAGCAUGAUGGGGAAGUUUGUAAAAGUUGAAAGACAGGUUCACGACAUGGGGAAGAAGUUGGACUUCCUCGUGGACAUGCACAUGCAGCAUAUGGAGCGCCUACAGGUACACAUCUCUGAGUACUACCCAACCAAGGGGAGCUCCUCGCCAGCGGAAGGAGAGAAGAAAGAGGACAACAGGUAUUCUGAUUUGAAGACCAUCAUCUGCAACUACUCUGAAACAGGCCCCUCGGAGUCCCCCUACAACUUCCACCAGGUGCCCAUCGACAGAGUCGGCCCCUAUGGGUUUUUUGCACAUGACCCUGUGAACCUGACCCGAGGGGGACCCAGUUCUACAAAGGCUCAGGCCACCCUUCCCUCCUCCGCAAGUACAUAUGCAGAGAGGCCUACAGUCCUGCCUAUCUUGACUCUCCUUGACUCCCACGUGAGCUACCACUCCCAGACAGAACUGCACGGCCCCUAUUCGGACCACAUUUCACCCUGCCAGAGACGUAGCAUCACACGGGACAGCGACACACCUCUGUCCCUGAUGUCCGUCAACCAUGAGGAGCUAGAGCGGUCUCCAAGUGGCUUCAGCAUCUCCCAGGACAGAGAUGAUUAUGUGUUUGGCCCCAGUGGGGGAUCGAGCUGGAUGAGGGAGAAGCGGUACCUGGCGGAGGGGGAGACAGACACAGACACAGACCCCUUCACACCCAGCGGUUCCAUGCCUCUGUCAUCCACUGGGGAUGGCAUUUCGGAUUCCAUAUGGACCCCUUCCAACAAGCCCACUUAGAAGGGGUCACUGGCUGACUCCUGGUACUGUAGACAGACUUUGUAUAGCUCACUUAUUCUCACACCCAGCACUUACAGUGGGGACUCCAGUGGCUGUGUCAAGCGCAUGCAUGUGCGCAGUGGUCCCCCUCUGCAAGCCGGGGCUUCUACUCAUGGCCUUCUUCCUCUCGUGUCACCGCAACAAAGCCGCUUCCUUUUCAGCAUGGUUUGCAUGACUUGACACUAUAUAAAUGGCACCACUAGUCUCUUCUAGAAUACACAUUUAUCUGCUGUUCUUACUUUAA